AGGUACCACCCAUUCCCACAAAUAAGGGGUACCUUCUUUCCCUCUCCAAAUCACACACACAGUGUCCAAGAACACAGACCCUUUUACCCACAAAUCUAUGGCUCUCACAAGCACCAGUACUCUUCUCCCCAACAAAUCGAUUGGUGAAACCCAAUCUCUCCUACCUUCGUCCAAAUCCCACCAAUUUUCUCUCUCCACCAACCUUACCAAACCCACCAGAUCAAUCCAACCCAUCUCGGCCGUCCAUUCCUCUGAGCAGUCCAAAAACCCCAUUGUCUCUGAUAAGCCUCCAAAACCAACCACAUCGGCUAAAGCAGCCACCUCAACGGCAACAACAACGGUGACAAACCCAGAAAGGGUCUCCAAGAAAUGGACCGUGGACAGCUGGAAAACCAAGAAGGCUCUUCAACUUCCGGAGUACCCAGAUCAAGAAGAGCUCGAAUCUGUGCUCCGGACUUUGGAUUCUUUUCCUCCGAUUGUGUUCGCUGGGGAGGCCAGGCAUCUGGAGGAACGCCUUGCUGAGGCUGCAAUGGGCAAUGCGUUUUUGUUACAAGGUGGUGACUGUGCGGAGAGUUUCAAGGAGUUCAAUGCUAAUAAUAUUCGUGACACUUUCAGGAUUCUCCUCCAAAUGGGGGCUGUUUUGAUGUUUGGUGGCCAAAUGCCCGUCGUCAAGGUGGGUAGAAUGGCGGGUCAGUUUGCAAAGCCGAGAUCAGACCCGUUUGAGGAGAAGGAUGGUGUGAAGCUACCGAGUUACAGAGGGGAUAAUGUUAAUGGAGAUGCUUUUAAUGCGAAGUCGAGGAUUCCAGACCCUCAGCGGCUGAUCAGGGCCUAUUGCCAAUCAGCUGCUACUCUGAAUCUCUUGAGGGCUUUUGCCACCGGAGGAUAUGCUGCUAUGCAGAGGGUGACUCAGUGGAAUAUGGAUUUCACAGAGCACAGUGAGCAGGGUGAUAGAUACCGGGAACUAGCUCACCGCGUGGAUGAGGCCCUUGGAUUCAUGGCUGCUGCUGGACUUACUAUGGAUCAUCCUAUCAUGACAACCACUGAGUUUUGGACGUCUCAUGAGUGCUUGCUUUUACCUUAUGAGGCAGCACUUACUAGAAUGGAUUCAACAUCUGGCCUCUACUAUGACUGCUCUGCACAUUUUCUUUGGGCUGGGGAGCGAACCCGGCAAUUGGAUGGCGCUCAUGUUGAAUUCUUGAGAGGAAUUGCUAACCCACUAGGCAUUAAGGUGAGUGAUAAGAUGGAUCCAAGUGAGCUAGUCAAGCUCAUCGAGAUUUUGAAUCCUCAGAACAAGCCAGGAAGGAUUACAAUAAUCACGAGAAUGGGAGCAGAGAACAUGAGGGUGAAGCUUCCCCAUCUGAUCAGGGCAGUGCGAAGGGCUGGGCAAAUUGUCACUUGGGUCAGUGAUCCUAUGCAUGGAAACACUAUCAAAGCUCCCUGUGGUCUCAAAACUCGCCCCUUUGAUGCAAUUAGGGCUGAAGUCAGAGCAUUCUUUGAUGUCCAUGAGCAAGAAGGAAGCCACCCAGGAGGAGUUCAUCUAGAGAUGACAGGCCAAAACGUAACCGAGUGCAUUGGUGGAUCACGGACCGUGACAUUUGAUGACCUCAGCUCACGAUACCACACACACUGUGACCCUAGGCUGAAUGCUUCUCAAUCUCUUGAGCUUGCGUUCAUCAUUGCUGAGCGCCUAAGAAAGAGGAGGAUUGGAUCCCAGCAGGCAUUGGCGUAAUAAAAGCUUGGAAUGGCAUAUCAAGGUCCUCUGAUGAGUUUCUUCUUUUUUAUUUUAAUAUUGUCUGUAAUGUUUUAUUUAAUUUUGGAUCUUAUUAGUUUAAGACUACGUGAUGUGUUCUAUGUGUAUACUGGAACUCUGGAAGAGAAUGAUGGUUUGAGACUUUGAUAAGUGGGAAUAAAGCAUUGUGUGCUUAUUAGGUCUGUGUAUUUAUACUUGGUGUUUUGGUUGCUGAGGAAGUAUUUAUCUUUUGGUACAUAGUCUGGUGGAGUUUGUAGUCACUUCAUAUUUGGUUAGAUGAAGACAAAUACUGGUGUUUUUCUGAGA